UGCGUAUAGGGACACCAACAUUUUAGGAGACAUAUAUAUCUUUUCACUUAUAAUAAGAUCCUUCAAUGGCCAAAAGCUUGGUGUUCUCCUUCCCUGCUAACUGCACUUAUGCAGCAGGAAAUCACAGCAGCAACAAAUCGUCCACAAGAUCAUGCAAAAUCAGCGCCCAUAAUGAGCAUGUUAUUUCUCAAGGGCGAACGAGCCAGGAUUUAACCUACAUAAAGCAUAUGGAAAAUUUGAGCAAGGUGAAAGGUGUACUGUGUCAAAGAGACAAUCAAUUAGAGGCAUUAGUCGCAGCUGAUUCCCUGAAAUGGCUCGGCAUCGAUUACCAUUUUACUGAAGAAAUUGCGAAUGUUAUUGAUUCCUUAUAUGAGGAUCUUAGUAAUGUUCACAAGCGCGGUGACUUGUUCGAGGUGACUCUUUCCUUCAGAUUACUUAGACAAGCCGGAUAUUAUGUUUCUUCUGAUAUUUUAGAUUGUUUCGUGGACGAGAAAGGCGAGUUCCGGUCUUCUCUUAGCAAAGAUAUUAGAGGAAUGAUGAGCUUACAUGACUCAUCCCAUUUAAACACGGGGGAGGAUAUUCUUUAUAAGGCAAAUAAGUUCUCACGCGACCACUUGAAGAUUUCUAUGAAGGAUUUGGAACCAAAUUUGGCUAAAUUAGUAGAAGAAACUUUGAAGCAUCCUUAUCAUAUGAGCUUACAAUCUUAUAAAGCCAAGCGCCACCUUAGCUAUUGCCAAAGAUCGUCGCGAAUGAUUGGAGCUAUCGAAGAAAUAGCAAAGAGAGAGAUCAAUCUAAAUCAAACAUUACAUCAAAAGGAAGUGAAGGAACUUAUGAAGUGGUGGAAGGAUUUGGGUCUAGCACAGCAAUUAACUUUCGCAAGAGAUCAAUUAUUGAAGUGGUAUGUGUGGUCCAUGACAGCUUUCCAAGGUCCACAAAACUCCAAGUAUAGGAUAGAACUCACCAAAGUGAUUGCAUUCGUAUACAUUAUCGAUGAUAUUUUUGAUGUUAUUGGAUCACUCGAUGAACUCCGUAUCUUCACAGAAGUUAUCAACAAAUGGGAGGACUCGGUGCCCGACUCGCUUCCUCAUUACAUGAGGCCACUCUACAUGUCCUUGUACAAUCUCACAAAUGAGAUAGCAAAUAUGGUCGAGAAAGAACACGGAUUCAACCCCAUCGGCUCUUUGAAGAGAUCGUGGGUUAGGCUAUGCAAUGCGUUCAUGGUAGAAGCAAAGUGGUUUUCGACUAAUUCCGUGCCGACGACCGAUGAGUACUUGAGAAAUGGUGCGAUCAGCACCGGGGUACCGACUGUCUUUGCGCAUGCAUUUUUUCUUUUGGGGCAUGGAAUAACAAAUGAAACAAUAUAUCUUGUUGAGAGUGGCGACGCAGCCCUAUUUUCUUGUCCGGCGAGAAUUCUACGCCUUUGGGACGAUCUAGGAAGUGCCAAGGAUGAGAAUCAACAAGGAUUUGAUGGUUCAUACUUGGAUUGCUAUAUGAAAGAGAAUCCUCAUUGCUCUACUUAUAAUGCAAGGGAACAUGUGAUGCAAAUGAUCUCUAGAACAUGGGAGAUACUAAACAAGGAAUGCUUCUCCCAAAGAACCUUCUCACCAUAUUUGGUCGAAGUAUCGCUGAAUACCGCAAGAAUGGUUGAUGUAAUGUAUGAUUACAAUGGGGAGCAAAAGCUUCCAAUGCUUGAGGAGUACAUGAAGUUGUUACUUUUUGGAAAUACUAGAUAGCUCAGAACAUGCAUGUAGUAGUGUGCUUGAGUAUAUGCAAUUAAUGUUCAAAUUCUUACUAGAUAUCUUCUACGUCUCUUCUUCCUUAUACUUGUACUUGCAUAAAAACAAGAGUUGCAUGCACUUUUGCAACUCAACUAGCUAGAUAGUGUAUUUGGAAAAAAUAAGGUUGCCUCUACUAUUUGACAUUUUGAGAUUUUGUUCCCGAUGAGAGACACAAAAUCUUAAGUGACACGAUUGUAAUAUACAUACAGUUAAGAUAUUCGAUUCUCCUGAUGGGUGAAAUUAAUUGUACUUUAAUAUAUUUAAGUUUUAGUUUAAGUUAAUGUAAUUUAAGGUAUAUGAAAUAUCACAUAUAAGUUUGUAA